AUGGAAGUUCUGGCCAUGGCCGCCACAAUUGAGAGUCCCUCCGCCAACAACAUGAACGCGAAACGGUGGCCAGAUUUCAAUGGACGCGAACGCAUGCUCAUAUAUAUAUGCAUUGGCAACACGAGCCAGAUGCGGGAUGCUGCGCUUCAGUGGGGGUGCUGGGGCUGCGAUGGGAUGCGCAGAGUAGCUACGUGCGCUGAAGGACUGGAAGCAUACCUCUGGGGAAAAUUGACAAGGAAGAAUGCUGUGUCGAACCUUUUUGUCCUGAAAUCUGACAUGCAAGGCUUCAGGACAAAAGGAUUCGAUAGUCUUAUCAACAUCUAUGAUGGACGCGCGACGAUAGAAGAAACCCCAACCUUGGAUCAUCCUUCCGCCGCUCGGAAUGCCCGGGGCGACAAGCAAUUGUGGAGAGCACGCAGAUGUCGUGCUGAAAGGACUCCAGGGAACGGAGGUAGUCCCGAGUCCGCUUCAGACCAACUAUACUUUGAACAUCAAAUAGCAGCUACAGUUGAAAACGCCGGCGGACCCCUUGUUAUGUUUCUAGCACCGCAUGAACCGACCUGA